CAGCCGCAGGCGCGCUGAGCUUCCGAGGGUCGGUAUGUGGCUUGUGUCCUGCCAGCUGUGUGUGCACAUUGCAAGGCGGAGUAAGCUCUUGGGAACCUGGAACAGGCCUGCCGCCUUCAUGUCCACUCUACUCAUCAGUCAGCCCCAGUAUGCUUGGCUGAAGGAGCUGGGGCUCCGCGAAGAGAACGAGGGCGUGUAUAAUGGAAGCUGGGGCGGCCGGGGAGAGGUUAUCACAACCUAUUGUCCUGCUAACAAUGAGCCAAUAGCAAGAGUCCGACAGGCUAGUAUGGCUGACUAUGAAGAAACUGUGAAGAAAGCCAGAGAAGCAUGGAGACUCUGGGCAGAUGUUCCUGCUCCAAAGCGAGGAGAAGUAGUGAGACAGAUUGGUGAUGCCUUGCGAGAGAAGAUUCAAGUACUAGGAAGCUUGGUGUCUUUGGAGAUGGGGAAAAUCUUAGUAGAAGGUGUGGGAGAAGUUCAAGAGUAUGUGGAUAUUUGUGAUUAUGCUGUCGGCUUAUCACGGAUGAUCGGGGGACCCAUUCUGCCUUCUGAACGGCCUGGCCAUGCGCUCAUCGAGCAGUGGAACCCUGUGGGCCUGGUUGGAAUCAUCACCGCCUUCAACUUCCCCGUGGCGGUGUACGGCUGGAACAAUGCCAUCGCCAUGAUCUGCGGGAAUGUCUGCCUUUGGAAAGGAGCUCCAACAACUUCCCUCAUUAGUGUUGCCGUCACAAAGAUAAUAGCUAAGGUUCUGGAGGACAACAAGCUGCCCGGUGCAAUUUGUUCCUUGACUUGUGGUGGAGCGGACAUCGGCACUGCAAUGGCCAAAGAUGAGCGAGUGAACCUGCUGUCCUUCACUGGGAGCACUCAGGUGGGGAAACAGGUGGCCCUUAUGGUGCAGGAGAGGUUUGGGAGAAGUUUAUUAGAACUUGGAGGAAAUAAUGCCAUCAUUGCUUUUGACGAUGCGGACCUCAGCCUAGUCGUUCCUUCAGCUCUCUUCGCCUCCGUGGGGACGGCCGGCCAGAGGUGCACCACUGCCAGGCGCCUGUUUUUACAUGAAAGCAUCCACGACGAGGUUGUGCAUAGACUUAAGAAGGCCUAUGCACAGGUCCGGGUCGGGAACCCAUGGGACUCCAAUGUUCUCUAUGGGCCACUGCACACCAAACAGGCAGUGAGCAUGUUCCUUGGGGCAGUGGAAGCAGCAAAGAAAGAAGGAGGCACAGUGGUCUAUGGCGGCAAGGCUAUGGAUCGCCCUGGGAACUACGUAGAACCGACCAUUGUGACAGGUCUCACCCACGACGCGUCCAUUGCCCACACAGAGACUUUUGCUCCGAUUCUUUAUGUCUUUAAAUUCACGAAUGAAGACGAAGUCUUUGCGUGGAAUAAUGAAGUCAAGCAGGGACUUUCAAGUAGCAUCUUUACCAAGGACUUGGGCAGAAUCUUCCGUUGGCUUGGACCAAAAGGAUCGGACUGUGGCAUUGUGAACGUCAACAUUCCAACGAGCGGGGCUGAGAUCGGAGGUGCCUUUGGAGGCGAGAAGCACAGCGGCGGCGGCCGGGAGUCGGGCAGCGACGCCUGGAAGCAGUACAUGAGAAGGUCCACGUGUACCAUCAACUACAGUAAGGACCUUCCUCUGGCCCAAGGAAUCAAGUUUCAGUAAAGGUGCUUUAAAUCGACAUUA